AUGUGGGAACUGGAAUUUUUCGACUUAUCGAAAUUAACCGAUGAGACCAUUCAUAAGUUAGCUCAGAUCACACAGGCACCUUGCUUUCAGCCAAGCUCUUUGCGAGAUGUGAGCCGGACUUGUGAGUCUUUGUGUCGCUGGGUGAGAGCGGUAUACCAGUAUGCUUGCAUACAGCGCCGCAUGGCACCUCAAAAGGCUAAAAAGAGCAAUUUAGAUGAGCUCAUGGCUGAGAGUCGGGCGAGGUUGAGACUUGCGAGGCUGCAGGAGGAUUCGGAGCGGAAAAGACUAGAAGAAUUGGAGAAAAGGCAGGAGCUCAACAGACAAGACAGGGAGUUGCUGAAGGCCCAGCUUAGUACCUCAGAAGCUCAAGAAAGGGAGUCAUGUGCUGCUCUCAAACUGGUUGAAUGUCACAUUAAAGAUUGGAUGUCAGCAGGAAAGGAAGCAAAGUUGGCUAAUCGCAGCAUUCCAGGUGACGCCCUGCUUUUGGCAUCUGUUGUUACAUACUUGGGUCCAUUCGGGCCUGAUGUUCGACAGGAGCUGCUCCAGAAGUGGCACAAACUUUGUCUGGAUGGUGCAAUUAAUAUGAAACCUGAGGACCCACGUGCAACAAUUUUCAAAGAUGUCCCCCUUGCAACUUGUGACCACUAUGUGGCUAUUCCUGUCAGUAAGACAUUUCAAAUGGCCUUAAAUCGAAUACUUGGACUAGAUCUGCAUCGCAUCCAUGGAGAAUCCACUGAUCUGGUCCGAAGUGUUCUUCUCUGGGGGGGCAACAGAUUUGCUUGGUCUCAGCGCUGCCCUCUACUGGCAGAUCAUCAUAAACAUGAGGAACCCAGCUCUCAGACAUCGUUUCAUCCUGGUCAGAUUACAAGAUGUGAAGAAAAAGCCCAUGAGGAGGAUAAAUAUGGACUUAUAGUUUCUGCUGAUGAUCCACAGUUAUUUGAUAAACUAAGUCAUGGAGCAAAAGAAGGUCUAAGUGUAUUGGUGACGCAUACUGAACGAGCAACAUCAAACCUACAAAUCCUUCAGAUAUUUGUUACGCCAGCAAGUUCCCCUGGUCAGAGCCACUCGGUUCAACCUGAUCAUCCAGACUUUCGUCUCAUUAUGAGUACUUCCCUUCCAGUCCAAACGCUGAUACAUGAAAUUCACACUUCAUUCCUGGAGGAGGUUCAAAUGAUUGAUCUUUCUCCAAGCACGUCUGAAGUUCAGGACCUUUUCUUGACAGAACUGAUGCAGACUGUGUGUUUAGAACUGUGGACUCUACAUCGUCAAAUUCAAACAAAAAAACAGACACUUCAGCAUGAACUUUUUCAAAACAAGGUUUCCUUGAUGGACUAUGUCAUGCAUGCAUCCACACCACUUCUCCAGGACCCUGACUUUCUUCCACACGUGUGUAUGUGUCAGAGUGUCUCUCUUGAACUUGAGACAGAAAUCAAGGAACUAUCCCAAGAGAUAGAUCGGCACAAAGCCCUGAUGGCUGAUUUUUAUCGAAUAGCAGAGCUCGCCACAGCCCUGUACAACGCUCUGCAGGACGUGGCCCGACUUUCCCCAUGUUAUCUUUUCACUCUUCAUGGUUUCCUGCUCACUUUACGGUCAGCUUUAGCCCUGAAGAGCCCAGACGUGAGCUUUCAUAGAGUGAUGGAGUCCACAGCAGUCAUAUCUCAGAUUACCUACAGGAUUGUGUCUCAUGUCUUUUCUCAGUAUAAACCCCGCUUGUUCAAGAGCCAUUCCACUUUAUUCAGAUUAUUGGUAUCUGUUGCCGUUAUUGUGCACAAUGAGGGAUGCCCUGAGGUAGAACGAGUCACUUUCCUCAGAGGAUUAAGCAACUGGAUGUCUUCAGAGCAUUUUUUAUCACCGUCUGCACAGUCUGUCCCCGAGCUGCCAAGCUGGAUUCAAACAUGCGCUCGAGAUGACAUUUUUCUGUUAGAGAGGAUUGAACCCUUUUGUGGCCUUGUAUCAUCUCUGGUAAAUUCGUCCAAGCUAUGGAGGGAAUACCUGCACUUUCCUUCGUCCACAGUGAUUGGACCGGUCCCCUGUCAGUCUCACUCUCAUUUGUCCACAAUGCAGCGGGCUAUUCUCUGGAAGACACUGUGUCCUCAUUGGCUAGCGGCAGUGGAAGAGGACCUUACAGCCUGUGCGCAAAGACAUUUGCUGCAUUCAUAUCCUGGAGAUCCUCCAAUGAGCUCUGCGGAAAUGAUCUCCAGCCUUUUGUCUAAAAAUCAAGGUCCUGUUGUUGUACGUUUACCAGAUAAAAAUGAAGAAAUGCCAGGAAGCAUUCACCCUCUCCACUUGAUUAAUCAAAUUGCGCAGUGCCAAGUGGACAACAAAGGGGUGAAGCUGAGAGUUAUUUCUUUCGGGUCUGGUUGCCAUCGAAAUGCUGUUCUCUCGGCACUAGACAGCGCUGUCCAGAAUGGCCACUGGUUAGUCCUAAACAACUGUCAUCUGCUGGACUGCUGGGAUGUCAGAGUUGUGAACAAGUUAACACAAGUAGUGUACAGCACUACAAAAGAUUUGGAGACAGAUGGCGGGCUUCUAAAUGCUGCAAGUACAGGAAGAUUUGUGCAUCCCCAGUUUAGACUGUGGCUCAUAACCAAAAGUGACAGGACUCACUCAGUCCCAGUUGCUGUUAGGAUUAGAGCCCUGCACUUGGUGUGUGAUUCCUCCUGGGACCUGAAGGAUGAAUUGUGGUCUUCAGUAAAACAGACACUCCCCUUCUCCUCUCAUGAAGACACUGUGAACACUCGGUGUGCUGUCCUGCACUCUGUCCUGCAGCAGAGACAAACAUUCAAACACCUGGGCCAAGCGCAGCUUUACCUUUGGACUCAAGAAGAUCUACUUGCUCUGAUUGAUGCACAUCACCGCAUAACCAAACACUGUAGUGACCCUACCGGAGCAUUGGAGUACAUAGCAGGUCGCCUGGUUUAUGGGAGCCACGUGUCAGACCAUGAAGAUCUAGCAGCUGUGCAGAGUGUGAUUAGGGCAUGUCUAAGAGAUCCGUCAACAUUAUGGGGGCGUGGCAAAGACAUUCUCUCAAAUAUCCUUAACUUUACAGGAAGAUUUGAAGCUGGUGGCCUGUUGAAAGACCUGAGACAUUGUAUUCAAUGCAUAACUAGCAGUACAGACCCAUUCAUUCUGGGCUUUAGUCCAGGUAUGGCAAGUGAACUGAUAGAGCGGGAGCGUCUGGAUGCACUGGUGUCUUCCCUCCUUUUAGACAGUUUUCAGCCAGUUAAAUAUAACAUGACAAGCUCCACUACUGCGUAUCUAACAUUAUCAGCUCUCUCACGACUGGAGACUCAAGCAGAGCAGCUCAGGUCAUACCUGUGGGAGGAGUCAUCCAGUAUUAAACCUCGUGUUUAUCGACUGUCUGCCUUUCUCAAUCCCAGAGGCUUUCUGGCAGCGUUGAUCAGAGAUGCAGUCCACAUCCAAGACAAGGAUAUCAGUCUUUACUGCUUGAAUUUUAAGGUCAACUCAUCCACCUCCUGA